AUUAUUUUUUGAAUUUUAGGUCUAACUUUAUGGGAGAAUGGAAAGGUGGGAGAGACUAUAGCCAUGAAAAAGAAAAAAGAAAGUAAAACAUUUGAGCAGAAAAUUAAAAAUAAAAAUUCAUGGCUUUGUUAAAAGCAAAUAGACAAUAAAGAAAAGAAGAGAUUUUUCUGGGGUUUGGGGAAGAGAACAAAAGAAAAGACAGAAAGUGCAACGUCAGAGUUCAGCCGUAGGGUUCCCCCUUUGGUUUUGUUUUUGGACGACUCUUUCAGGAUCACACACACUAUACCCUUCCCAUCCAAAUCUCUCUUUCUCUCUCUUCUUCUUAUAGUUUUUAUGAACUGGGUUUUUUUUAUCUUUCUUUUUAUGUUAUUCUUUUGUUUUUGUUCAUAUUCAUGUGGUUUAGUUGUAUUUUCUUGGUCUUAAUUAGGAAGCAAGAAAAUACAUAGAGGGUUAAGGAUCUGUGUUCAGGUGUAGUUUACUUUCUUUUCUUUCUUUCUUGUUGUUUCUUUUGAGUUAUCAAAAAACCAAAAAUUGUCUCUUUGGUUGAAGCCAAACCAAGAAGAAACUAUCAAAGCUGAGGGUUAUGGGGUUUUGAAGACUAUAACUUCUAUAUAGUCUAAUCUAAUCACUUGAUAAGAAAUCAGUUUCAACUUCUUUAUUUGGGUUUUCUUUAUCUCUUUCUUAGUUUUCCCUUAUUUUAGCUUUUUCUAGGUUUGGAUUUUUCUUUGUCUUUAGAUCUCUUAUACAUAUAUUUACAUAUAAGAUAAGAUAACUCCUUACAUAUUUAUUAUAUGAAAAACAAAGAUCCAUACACAUAUGAUGCAACAACAACAACAACAAAAACAACCUUAUUAAGUGUAUACUGCUUAUCUAAGAGAAGAUGAUGAAAGGUAAUAAUUUGUUGAUUCAUCAUCAUCAACAACAACAACAACAGGAGGAAAAUAUGUCUAAUUUGACAUCAGCUUCUGGUGAAGCAAGCGUUUCUUCAGGCAACAGAAAUGAUUCUCAACAGUACUUUGCUCCUCCACCUCCUCAAUCUCAACCUCCCAAGAAGAAAAGAAACCUACCUGGAAACCCAGACCCAGAUGCAGAAGUGAUGGCUUUAUCACCAAAGACUUUAAUGGCAACAAACAGAUUUGUAUGUGAGAUCUGUAACAAAGGGUUUCAAAGAGAUCAGAAUCUUCAGCUACAUAGAAGAGGGCAUAAUCUACCAUGGAAGCUAAAGCAAAGAACAAACAAGGAAGUGAGAAAGAAAGUGUAUGUUUGUCCUGAGACAAGUUGUGUCCAUCAUGACCCAUCAAGGGCUCUUGGAGACUUAACAGGAAUCAAGAAGCACUUUUGCAGAAAGCAUGGUGAGAAGAAGUGGAAAUGUGAUAAGUGCUCAAAGAGGUAUGCGGUUCAAUCAGAUUGGAAAGCUCACUCCAAAACAUGUGGCACUAGAGAAUACAGAUGUGACUGUGGAACUCUUUUCUCAAGGAGGGACAGUUUUAUCACCCACAGAGCUUUCUGUGAUGCUUUAGCAGAGGAGAGUGCAAGAGCUAUCACCGCACCACCACCAAACCCAGUAGUGCUGCUCAAUAAUUCUUCUUGUUCAACUCCACAUAAUAAUAAUAAUAGUAAUAUAAAUCUCCAAAUACCCCAAUUCAACGCUCAUCAAGAUCAUUUGCAUGCAUUUUCACUUAAAAAAGAACAACCCAGUUUUACUACUACUCCUCUUAGGCCAGACUUACCACCAUGGCUGGCUGCUGGCCCACCACCACGUCAUCCUAUAGAUCAUUCAACAUCAUCAUCUUCAAUCCUUACUCAUCACCAAGAUUUGAGCCAAAACCCUAACCCUAAUAGUCUUGGACCCACUUUACCUCAUUUUCAAGCUCCUCUAUCCCCACAUAUGUCAGCUACUGCAUUGCUGCAAAAAGCAGCUCAGAUGGGUGCGACCAUGAGCAGCAAAACUACCGGCUUAGUCAGACCGCACCACCACCACCACCACAACCAGCAGCAACAAGAACAAGCUCACGUGUCUGUUGAUUCUAGUAACAACAAUGCAAAUGCAACCGGGUUUGGUCUGAAUUUGUCCUCGCGUGAUGAGCUGGCAAGUGGUGGGCCAUUUGUCCAUAGCCAUCAUCAUGGUCUUAUUUCUUUUGGUAAUAAAGCUGCAACCUUCGGUCUUCCUUCUGGUUCUACUACAGCUGGUACUACUAAUGGCGCUCUUCUUCAAGAAAUGAUGAAUUCUCUGUCUUCUUCCCCUGGUUUUCAAGAAACUACCGCUUCCUUUGAAGAUGCAUUUGCUAGUGGGGUUUUAAAUUCAAAAAAAGAUGCAAACUUUCAUGAUUCUCUCCCUAAAGCAACUACAAAUGAUAAUGGUGGUGGUGGAGGCGGCGUUGGCGGCGAGGGUUUGACUAGAGAUUUCUUGGGUCUUAGAGCUUUUUCUCAUAGUGAUAUACUGAGCAUGGCUGGUUUUGGCAAUUGCAUGAACACUCCCCCUUCUCAUGAGCAACACAAUCAGUCGCAAAAAACAUGGCAAGGUUAGCCCUAUCCGAGAUGGAGUUUUUACUCUUUCGUUUUGGUCUACAGUUUUUAAAUGUUUUAUUUUAUUUUUUAGUUUCACUUUUUGUUUUUGGUUUUUAAGCUUCCCAAAGGGAAGGACAUCUAAAAUUGCAGAUAUAUAUAAUAUAUAUUUAUAGUUCAAUGCCUUAAUCAUAUGUAGCCUCAAUUUCAGAAUUUUUGCCUGUCCUUUUAUAAUAAUUAUAUUUUAUUAUUGUUUGUAA